AAGCCGUAUGCUGUUGGCAAUGAAGUAAUGAAGUGUAUCAGGCAGCCGUAAGGCGCACCGUGCAUUGUAGCUGCCCUGCCAUGUCUCGAUGGAGGGCUUUUCUUUGGGCGCCUGUGGCAGUGCUGGCGUCCCUUCGCGUGGACCUGGGGAAGGAUCCAGUGAUCAAAGUGGUUAGCUUGCUGGAGGACAUGGAAAAACAGCUGGAAGCUGAUGCAAAAAAGGAUGAAGAAGUUUAUGACAAAAUGGCUUGCUGGUGCACAGAGACACAGAAAUCAAAGCAAGCAGCCAUCGAGGAAGGUUCUGCCAGAAUAGAAUCUCUGGCAGCAGAAAUUGAGCAGGGCAUUGCGCUCUCAGCUCGAUUGGGACCUGAGAUUGAGAGCUUGCAGAAGGAGGCAGAGAAAAACCAGCAAGCCUUGCAGCAGGCAACUGCAAUACGAGAGAAGCAGGUGUCGGAGUUUGAAGCGGAAUCAAAGGAUUUGCAGGAGUCGAUCUCCGCAGUCCGCAAGGCUGUCAAAGCGGGCAAAUCAAAGUCUUUUCUGCAGACAAGCUCACGCAAUGCCGCCCUUGCCUUUGCAAAGAGCCGCAGGUGGCUAGAGGACGUGCCCCGCCGCUUCCAAGUUGCAGACCUCCUGCAAUACGUCCAGCCGGGACAAAGCUCGGAAGAGAUUUUUGGAAUGCUUUCACAGAUGCUGGAGACUUUUCAGCAGGACUUGAAGGAGAUGCAGGAUGAGGAGACGAGCAACAAGGCUGCCUACGAGAAGCUAAAGGAGGCGAAGGCUGAAGAGAUUGAAAUGAGCGCUGGACAAAUAAGGGUGAAACAGAAAGAGAAAGCUACUGCAGACGAGCAGCUGGCACAGAACAAGAAGGAGAAAGGUGCAACAACAACUGCCCUCGACGAAGACAAUAAAUUCCUCGUCACGGUGAAGUCGAAGUGUACAAACAGCGAUGUAGAGUGGGACGCUCGCCAGAAGACUCGCAGGGAAGAAGUGAAAGCAAUCAGCGCAGCAACGCAAGUUCUUUCUGAUGGUCGAGAGAAGCUAGUCAAGACAACGAGUUUUUUCCAGCGCUCAAGCCAUCACAAGCUUCAGCGUGCCGGCGAGGCGAAGCUGUUGGCUGCGGCGCAGCAGCUACACAGCCCUCGCCUGUCGCUGUUGGCGCUUCGUGCGAAGUCAGACAGCUUGGGGGAGGUUUCUGUAGCCAUUGACAACAUGAUUGCAGAAUUGAAGAAGCAGAAGAAAGCAGAGCUGGAGAAGAGAACGUUCUGCACUGACCAGUUCACGGAGAACAAGGCUCAGCAGGAGAAGCAAGACCGCAAGAAGGAGGAUGCAUCCAUUUUGCUUGAAGCCCUCGACGAGAAGACCACCAAGCUGACGGGUUCAAAGUCCGAGCUCGAGGGUCAAGUCCAGACCCUGAACAAGGAACUAGCCAAAGCAGCCCAAGACCGCGAGGAGCAGAACAAAGCCUUUCAGCUCAGUGUCGGUGACCAGCGGGAAACGCAGAAGUUGCUUCAGGCGGCCCUCAAGGUGUUGGCAGACUUCUAUGGCAAGUCCCUGGUUCAGUUGGAGGCGCAGCGAGGUCAGACGCUAGACGAAAGCUCCAACGAGCUGCAAGCAGAUGACCUGUCCUCCCCAAAGGGAUUCGACGAAUACAAGAAGAGCGCAGGAUCCAAAGGAGUAAUUGCAAUGUUGCAGCACAUCAUGGACCAAGCCAAGGAGGCCGAGAAGCAGGCCAUCAAGGACGAGAACACUGCUCAGUCCGAUUACGAGGAAUUGGCCAAAGAGACUGCAGUCAACGUCGCUUCAAAAAACAAGGAGGUGGCGGGCUUGCAGGCCAGUAUCACCAAGGCACAGGGUGAAAAGGCGGAUGCCAAGACUGACCGCAAGAAUAUCCUUGCGGCCAAGGAGGCCUUGGUAUCGGCAGCUGGCACGCUGCACUCCGAUUGCGAUUUUUUGAUUCAGAACUUCCAGACGCGACAAACUGCCAUUGACGACGAAGUAACAGCCUUGGUGGAAGCUAAAGCUGUGAUGCAGGGAAUCACUGCCUCCGAUAGUUCAUGAGAUCCGAAAUUCGGAUUCUGACCCGCACAGCGCUUUGCGGGAAAACAAGGC